GGACAGCCGCCGAACCGCCUGAAUGAGCUCUUGGAUCAGGUUCGAGCGGAAUUCGACGCUCAAGCUCACCGAUCCAAUGAUUAUGACCAGCAACUUACCAAUCAGCUCCGUGAGAUGGAGCUGAUCAACUCGAAGAUCAAUCAGCUCGAGUAUACACACCAGAACAUGAAAGCGAGAUAUGAAGAGGAGAUCGCACGUCUUCGCCAUGAGCUGGAGCAACGUGGUGGACCGUCUGCGGGUAAUCACAGCGGUCCUGCCCAGCCUCCGCCUCCUGCCAUUGGCCAUGGGCCAGCGAACCUCUUCCAAGGCAUUAUGGCAGGCGGUGGGCAAGGUGGACCCGGUCUCGCUCCGCCGCCGCAGGAACAGCAAGGCCAACCGGGUAUGCCGGGACACAUGCAAGGGCAAGGUCCACCUGGUCUGAAUGCGCCGCCAGGCCCUCCUCACAACCCGUUCGCCUACGGCCAGCCGCAAGCUCAAGGCAUCAAUGGCUAUGGUCCUCAGCCACCGCAGCCCACCGCUUCGCCAGGACCCGGCAAGCCGCGUGUCGGUCCUCCACGCUUAGGUGGCCCAGCGACGCCGCAGCAAGCGCAGAUCAAUCCAUAUCCCGGCUCUCCGAGUGUGGCGCGACCAACACCACCGCCGCCGCCGCAGCAGCAGCAGCAGUAUGCGACCAACAUAGAUUUUCACUACACCCCAGCACAGCUCGACCAGAUCGGCAACCAGCUGAGUGAUCUUGAGAUGGAGAAGCUGCCUCCAGAGCUCAAGCGACAGGGCGACGACUGGCACGCGGUCUUCAACCCGCGUGUGCAUCGACGUCUGGACGUUGAUCUGGUGCACAGUCUCGCGCAUCAGAGCGUAGUUUGCUGCGUGCGGUUCAGCCACGACGGGCGCUUCGUCGCCACGGGUUGCAACCGUUCUGCGCAGAUCUUCGACGUGCAGACUGGCAAGCAAGUAUGCCAUCUGCAAGAUCACUCGACCACACAGGAUGGCGACUUGUAUAUUCGCAGCGUGUGUUUCAGCCCUGAUGGUAGAUUCUUGGCCACAGGUGCGGAGGACAAGAUUAUCAGAGUGUGGGACAUUGCGGCCAAGCAGAUCCGCCACAGCUUUGCAGGCCAUGACCAAGACAUCUAUAGUCUUGACUUCGCCUCCGACGGCCGCUACAUCGCCUCGGGCUCCGGCGAUAGGACCAUCCGCCUUUGGGAUACCCAGGAGAACCAGUGCGUGCUUUCGCUGUCCAUCGAAGACGGCGUUACCACCGUCGCCAUCUCCCCAGACGGCCGCUUUGUGGCUGCUGGCUCGCUGGACAAGAGUGUCCGCAUCUGGGACACGCAGACGGGUGUGCUGGUCGAGCGCACCGAAGGCGAGCAAGGACACAAAGACUCGGUGUACUCGGUUGCCUUCGCACCCACUGGCAACCACCUCGUCAGCGGUAGUCUGGACAAGACGAUCCGGAUGUGGAAGCUGAGCAACCCGCGAUCGGACCCGAAUAGGGGAGGGCAUCCGAAGAGUGGAGAGUGUGUCAGGACGUUCGAGGGCCACAAGGACUUUGUGUUGAGUGUGGCGCUGACACCGGAUGGAGCGUGGGUAUUGAGUGGAAGCAAGGACAGGGGUGUGCAGUUCUGGGAUCCAAAUACUGGCGAUGCGCAGUUGAUGCUGCAGGGGCACAAGAACUCGGUCAUCUCGGUCGCACCAAGCCCAAUGGGCGGUCUGUUUGCGACUGGAUCCGGCGAUAUGAAGGCGCGGAUUUGGAGGUAUUGGACCAUCAACGGCUGAGCAUGCGAUCUCCGCCGCCCUUUUGUCCUUGCACUUCAUGCCAUGUACCAUUGGACUCUUGUAUCUUACCUUGAACUCAGUGAUACAAUAUAUCUGCACCUCACGUUCUACUGUCC